UCAGCACAACAAAGAAGAAGAAGUUUUGUGCGGCUGGGUUCCCAUCUAACCGGCGGUGCAGUUGUUCUUGGUGGUUAUGGUGCUCGGCAACGGCUAUGCUGCUGGUCGGCCACGCUUUUUGACGCCUGGACAAUCUCGGCCAAGGUUCUCGGCGGCGCUGCAGGUGGUUCUUGGCGCUGCAGGGGUGCUCGGAGCUGCAAGAGGUUCGACGCUGCAGGUGUUUUCGGCCACGACGGCGGUGGCAGCAGAGGUCUCGGUGGAAUUUGAGAACCCACUAAAAUCCAGCAUGGAGGGCUCAAAACGGCGACAACUCAGGACAAAUGGUGGGUCUCGGAGUGGUUGCGGCUUUGGACGAACGGUGGGGGUCAGCCCUCCGAAAGCUUCACACGGGCUCACUACUCAUAGAGUUAUUGCAUGGGAAGAAAAAUAAAGCACUAGGUCCCUGAAGAUUGGGUCUAUGAAUCUGGGAAGAGAGAUGAAGUUGUCACAAUAGCAAUGAGCAAGGGGCAAUUGUCAAUUUCACAGCUUCAUUCCAAGAAGAAAAAGCCAGUAGAAACUGGUAAAGUUAAGUUCAUUCCUCAUGAAGAAAUCCUUAAGCUAUCUUCAGAGACCUUCUAAUAAUAAUAAAAAAUUGUGAUGCUGUGAAAUCAUUCCUUGCUUGAAAAGAAAGCAUUUUUUUUUGGUGUAGCACUCCUUGCUUUAAGGAAUGCUCAAUGCUUCUUUGUGACUGGCACUUGUGGUUGUAGUUUUGAUAGUUUUUCAUGAGGGCCUCUUUGCUAUCUUUGUUGUUCUCUGUUUGUAGUUUUAUGUCUUAUAUGUACUAUCUUAGUCUGAGGCUGUCUAGACUGUAAUACAGUACAGGUGAUUUCUUAUCAUCUUUUUUUAAUACAAUCUUGUUUGGUU